CGCGCGCGCUCGCGCGGGCGUCAGUCGUGUCGGAACCACCGUGCGGUACGGACGUCUCGUUGCGUGUCGACGCCGUCGUUUCGAUCGCGCUAGCACGUACGUUGUGCCAGUGACACUUGCAGGCGGCCGCUGCUCCUCCCGGAGGCAUGCAGGAGCGGCGCUGAGAGAGAAAGAGAAAGACGAAGAGAGAGAGAGAAGGCGAUACGCGUACGUCACGGUCAGCUUGCGUGAAUUCAUCGUCGCCGAUCGUCGUCGAUCGUCGCCGUACGUACGUUCCCGCGAACACGUAUCACGCGAAAACCCGACCUCGUACGCGCACGUACACACAUACACGCAGACCUACAUUGUGACCGCACGCGCGGCCGAUCGCCGGAUCGUCGGCGAUCGCUCGUUCAACGACGGAUCGGUCGCUCAUCGCGCGAAAAGAGGUUGCCACUUGGCAGGAACGGGUGACGCGAGUGAAGGAAGUGUACUGGGACGUUUGUCCCACUCGCGCGUUGUUUGUUUUACGCAGGCACGAACAAUUCGAACAGCAGCGAGCGAAAUAAGCAGCGGAUAAUCGUGCGACGCGCUUUUGCACCGGCAGUGAUCUCGAUUCAUCAUCGUCAGCGUGUGAAGCCGGACGAGGGAGCAGUCGCCGUCACUGCCGUCACCGCUGCCGCUGCUGCGAGGAAGUGUAGCCAUGAAUAAUUCACUCGGCUAAAGCGGCCAACGCGGAAAUUUCUCCGACUUGGAGGCACCGAGAGAGAGGCUCUAGGACGACGGCAAAAUGAGCGAGCUCCUAGGAUCCGCGAGCUUCCUUCACCUCGGCGACAUUGUCAGCCUCUACGCCGAGGGAAACGUGUCCGGGUUUCUUUCCACGUUGGGAUUGGUCGACGACAGGUGUGUAGUAUGCCCGGAGGCUGGAGAUUUGUCCAAUCCACCGAAGAAGUUCAGAGAUUGCCUCUUCAAAAUAUGUCCUAUGAACCGGUAUUCCGCACAAAAGCAAUUCUGGAAAGCAGCGAAACAGAGCGCUAAUUCGGGUACAGACGCUGUACUACUCAAGAGGCUUCACCAUGCAGCCGAAAUCGAGAAGAAACAAAACGAGACUGAAAACAAGAAGCUAUUGGGCAGCGUGGUUUCGUAUGGUAAUGUUGUACAGUUAUUGCAUCUCAAAUCCAACAAAUUCCUGACGGUGAACAAGAGGCUGCCAGCGUUGCUGGAGAAGAACGCGAUGAGAGUUUACUUGGACGCGAAUGGCAACGAAGGCUCGUGGCUUUACAUAAUGCCGUUCUACAAGCUGCGAAGUGACGGCGACAGUGUAGUCGUUGGCGACAAGGUGAUCAUGGAGCCGGUGAACGCCGGUCGCCAGGGUCUCCACGUUGCCGCAAAUUACGAGCUGAGCGACAAUCCUGGUUGCAAGGAAGUUAACGUCGUGAACUCGUCCACGUCUUGGAAAGUAACUCUCUUCAUGGAGCACCGGGAGAACCAGGAGGAGAUCCUCAAGGGCGGCGACGUCGUGCGACUAUUCCACGCCGAGCAGGAGAAGUUCCUCACGAUGGACGAGUACAAGAAGCAGCAGCACGUGUUUCUCAGAACGACCGGCAGGACCAGUGCUACUGCGGCUACCAGCAGCAAGGCUCUGUGGGAAGUCGAGGUGGUGCAACACGAUCCGUGCAGAGGCGGUGCCGGUCACUGGAACUCGCUUUUCAGAUUCAAACACCUGGCGACUGGGCAGUACCUCGCCGCUGAGAUUGAUACGGAUGAACCACGGGAGCCUGUUAAGGGCAAGCGCGAUCCACCUGGACCGGUCUACAGAUUAGUGUCGGUGCCGCAUAGCAACGAGAUUAGCUCAUUAUUCGAGCUAGAUCCCACGACCCUAACGCGCGGCGAUAGUCUAGUUCCGCAAUCGUCCUUUGUUAGAUUACAUCACAUAUGCACGAAUACUUGGGUCCAUUCAACGAGCGUGCCGAUUGAUAAGGAUGAUGAGAAGCCUGUCAUGUCGAAGGUGGGUUGCGCCACCAAUAAGGAGGACAAGGAGGCCUUCGCCUUGAGAUCCGUGUCGCCGGUCGAGGUGCGCGAUUUGGACUUCGCGAAUGAUGCGUGCAAAGUGUUGACGGCUAUGAGCAGCAGACUAGAAAGGGGGACGAUCUCGCACAACGAGCGGCGAGCCGUCACCAGCUUGCUGCAGGAUAUCGUGUACUUCAUCGCCGGCUUGGAGAGCGAGCAGAACAAAUCCGAGGCGCUGGAGCUGGUGGUUACGAACGCCGUGAGGGAUCGUCAGAAAUUAUUGCGCGAGCAGUACAUUCUCGGGCAGUUGUUCAAGAUACUGCAGGCUCCGUUCCUGGAAUCCGCGGCGGGUGAGGGUCCGUUUCUUAAGAUAGAGGAGCUUAGCGAUCCGAGACACGCGCCAUAUAAGUACAUGUUCCGAUUGUGUUAUCGAAUACUCAGGCUCUCCCAACAGGACUACAGGAAGAAUCAGGAAUACAUUGCCAAGCACUUUGCAUUUAUGCAAAAACAAAUCGGUUACGACAUCCUUGCGGAGGAUACCAUCACUGCACUUUUGCACAAUAACAGGAAAUUGCUGGAGAAGCACAUAACGGCCGCGGAAAUUGAAACGUUCGUGGGUCUCGUCAGGAAGAACAUGUAUAACUGGGAAUCGCGAUUUUUGGAUUACCUGUCAGACUUGUGUAUUUCGAAUAAAAAAGCGAUCGCCGUGACGCAGGAAUUGAUUUGCAAGAGCGUGCUCAGCGAGAAGAACAAGGAUAUCCUGAUAGGGACGAAAAUGGUGAAGACCCACGUGGAGGUUGAGGAGAUCGAGAAUGCCGAGUCGAGGAUUACAGUCAUAGAGGAGUUCGAAGUUGUGUUAGAAUGGAACAGUGGAACCAAAUCGAUGUCUCUGAGCGAGUUAUCGAGGGGAGCGAAAAUGGGAAACGUGCAAGACAUAGCGAUACUAGAUUACUACCGGCAUCAGUUAAAUCUAUUUAGCAAUAUGUGCCUGAACAGGCAGUAUCUAGCACUAAAUAAUUUAUCGCCGCAUUUAGACAUUGAUCUUAUACUCAAGUGUAUGGAGGACGAAACAGUGCCAUAUGAAUUGCGCGCGUCGUUCUGCCGACUCAUGCUACAUCUUCACGUGGACAGAGAUCCGCAGGAACAGGUGACCCCCGUGAAGUACGCCCGUCUCUGGUCGGAGAUACCUUCGAAGAUGAGCAUAAACGAUUAUGACGCGAAUAGAAUGCCAGACCAAAACAAAGAGGCUGUCCGUACUAAAUUUAGUUCGACGAUCAUGUUCGUCGAGGAUUAUCUGUGCAACGUCGUCGCGAAAAUGUGGUCCUUUGGCGAUCAGGAGCAGAAUAAGCUCACGUUUGAGGUUGUUAAAUUAGCGCGCGAUCUGAUUUACUUUGGAUUCUACAGCUUUAACGAUCUGUUGAGCUUAACGAAAACGUUACUUAGCAUUUUGGAUUGCGUAUCGGAGAACGAAUCCACCGAUGGAAAGCUACCUACCGGUGAUAUCGAUUCUGAUACUGUGGAUUCUGAGGAGACAGCUGAAGGAGGUAUUCUCAGAUGCAUCGGCGACAUGGGUGCUGUGAUGACAAGUUUAACGCUGGGACCAGCUGGACAAGUACUGCCCAGUUCUACUCCGAGACCAAAGCCACUGAUGAAGAAAGAAUAUCCCCUCGUGAUGGACACGAAGCUCAAGAUAAUCGAGAUCUUGCAGUUUAUCCUAGACGUUCGGUUGGAUUACAGGAUCUCUUGUCUCUUGAGCAUAUUCAGACGGGAAUUCGACGAGACGGCAUCGACAGCUGCCGAGAAAAAUUCCGGAGACGUAACUCUGGGACAGAAGACUAUCGAUUUGGAGUUAAUUGGCGCGCAGGCAGAAGGGAUAUUCGGCAGCAGUGAGGAAUGUGCUGCGCUGGAUUUGGACGCUCAAGGAGGUAGAACGUUUCUACGUGUCUUAUUGCAUCUAGCCAUGCACGAUUAUCCUCCACUGGUCUCUGGAGCUUUGCAUUUAUUAUUCAGGCACUUUAGCCAAAGGCAAGAGGUCCUGCAGGCAUUUAAGCAGGUGCAGCUCUUAGUCUCGGAUAGCGACGUAGAAUCUUACAAACAAAUAAAGGCGGACUUGGACGUGCUGCGUCAGUCCGUCGAGAAGUCCGAGCUCUGGGUGUACAAGUCUAGGGCGGUGGAGGAGCACGGGACUAAGAAAAAGAAAAGCAAGGAGGAGGAGGAUGAAAGCACGGCACCUCGCAAACCAAUGCUCUCUACGGCGGAUAAGCAAGGAUCUGCUAUUGAUUUGGAUAUCGGACCACCGUUGCACGCUGAUCAAGCUGAAGAGUACAAGAAGAUCCAACAGAUAUUAAUGCGAAUGAACAAAUUGUGCAUUCAAGUGUUGCCAGGCGGCCAGGUGAAGGCGCGCAAACACGAACAGCGGCUCUUGCGCAACGUCGGGGUACAUACUGUUGUCCUGGAUCUGCUGCAGGUCCCGUUUGACGCCAAGGAGGACAUUAGAAUGAACGAGUUGAUGCGCUUGGCGCACGAUUUCCUGCAAAACUUUUGCCUGUCCAAUCAACAGAAUCAGGUUCUUUUGCAUAAGCAAUUGGAUUUGUUCUUGAAUCCCGGCAUUAGGGAGGCGCAGACAGUGUGCAGCAUCUUUCAGGACAACUCUGUCCUUUGCAACGAGGUCGGUGCGAAAGUCAUACAGCACUUUGUGCACUGCAUAGAGACGCACGGAAAGCACGUGCAAUACUUGAAAUUCUUGCAAACCAUAGUGAAAGCUGAGAAUCAGUUUAUCAGGAAGUGCCAAGAGAUGGUGAUGCAGGAGUUGGUGCAGGCUGGAGAGGACGUUCUGAUCUUUUACAACGACAGAGCUUCCUUCAAUCAUUUCGUGGAAAUGAUGCGAUCCGAGAGACAUCGGAUGGAUGAGAGCAGUCCACUUCAGUAUCACGUAGAACUGGUUAAACUUCUAGCCUGCUGUACAAUGGGCAAGAACGUUAACACUGAAAUCAAAUGUCACAGUCUCUUGCCACUGGACGAUAUCGUCGCGAUCGUAUCGCAACCGGACUGCAUACCGGAGGUGAAGGAGGCAUACAUAAACUUUCUCAAUCACUGUUACAUCGACACGGAAGUCGAGAUGAAGGAAAUUUACACGUCGAAUCACAUGUGGUCGCUGUUCGAGAAAUCCUUUAUAGUCGAUAUGGGUCUGAUCGCGACGUCCACUCAUGAUCAACAUCACGCGGACACGGCUUUAGAAACUUACGUGACGAGUUGUUUAAUGAACAUCAUAUCCACCUUUUUCAGCAGUCCAUUUUCCGAUCAAAGCACUACUGUACAGAAACAUCUGCACGAGGCUAGACUGUAUUGGAACAUCAAGGAGUGCGAUCGGAAUACAGAUAAUAAUCUUUCCGGCUAUACAAGGCAACCUAUAUUUGUUCAGUUGCUUCAUGCAGCUUUUAAAGUAUCACAGUGUGCAUGGUUAAAUGCUGGACAAAGAUUUAACGUUGAGAAUUGUAUACGAACACUGUCCGAUGUAGCGAAGGGAAGAGGCAUUGCCAUACCAACUGAUCUGGAGAGUCAGGUAGCUUCUAUGUUCAACAAAGCAGCUAUGCUUAGCAGGCAGACCAACAAAUGGCUACAAGCCGCUAAACAACCAAAGGUUGAACGUAGUCAGAGCCAGAGUGACCUACUUUGUACGGAAGGCUCUAACAAUGAGCUGAUGCGUCUAGAUCGAAGUAUUAUAGAAGGUCUGCAGGACAUAGUGUGUUUAUUGGAGGAACAGUUGAAGCCUUUGGUACAAUCCGAGUUGUCAUUGCUAGUGGAUAUUCUCUAUCGACCCGAAUUGCUGUUCCCUGCAGCGACUGACGCCAGAAAGAGAUGCGAAAAUGGUGGUUUUAUCAAGAGAUUAAUUAAGCAUACCGAAAAGUUGUUGGAAGAAAAGGAAGAAAAAUUAUGUGUGAAAGUCUUGAGAACACUCAGGGAGAUGAUGGCUAUCGAUCCUGAAUAUGGAGAGAAGAACGAAGGUAUCUCGGAACAGAAGGAGUCAGAAACGAAGGGCGAGUCGCACGUUGGAACAGGUUCCAACGAUCAAUCUGAGAAUCGACAUAUGACUCAGCAAGAGCCGGGAGACGUAUUGAGAAAUAAUCUUUUGGCGCGCUACUUCGGCAAGAAUUUCUUACAAAAUGCGGAAAAUGUUGAUAUUGGAGUGUCCCGUAGCGCGACCAUCACUCAUGGCCCAGGAGCAAAGAUACUGAGCCGAGCUGGCAGAACGUUACAUGACGUGCAAACCCAUCUCGAUCACGAAGGCGCUUCGGACUUGGUGGUGGAACUGGUGAUCAAGAGCGUGCACUCGCCCAGCAUAUUCGUAGAGGCCGUGGAAUUGGGUAUUGCGCUCCUGGAGGGCGGGAAUCCUAUCAUACAGAGAAGCAUGUUCAAUAAAUUGAUGGGUGGCGACAUGAGUCAAUCGUUCUUCAAGGUGUUUUACGACAAAAUGAAAGACUCUCAGCAGGAAAUCAAGUCCACCGUAACAGUAAAUACUUCCGACAUGGCAGCAAAAGCGCACGAGGAAGGUAAGGAGGGCAAGGAGAUGGACAAGCUGUCACGAAAACGUGGACCAGGGAAGCCUAAUGGAAUGGUGAUAAACGACGAGCUCCGCGAGGAGUUCAAUCAGGCUGCAGCGGCCAAUGGGCAGGCGUACGCGAACAUGCGGAACGGUCUUGCACCUGGCGAGGACGUGAAUAACGCAGCUCUCGCGGCGCUAGACGACGUCGGUGAAAAGUUAGAGAGGCAGAAAAGCAUGAGUGAUGCUGAGAAGGAUGAGACUCAGUUAAGCACGAAGGUUUUGGUGAUGCAACCGAUCCUGCGCUUCCUGCAGUUACUCUGCGAGAAUCACAACAGGGAAUUACAGAAUUUCUUGCGAUAUCAAAAUAACAAGACGAACUUCAACUUGGUGUCCGAGACGCUCAUGUUCCUGGACUGCAUCUGCGGCUCGACUACCGGUGGACUGGGUCUUCUUGGCCUGUACAUUAAUGAGCACAACGUAGCGCUGAUCAAUCAAACUCUAGAAACAUUGACGGAAUACUGCCAAGGACCGUGCCACGACAAUCAAAAUUGCAUCGCCACGCACGAGUCCAACGGACUGGACAUUAUAACCGCAUUGAUACUGAACGACAUCAAUCCUUUGGGAAAAUCCAGGAUGGACUUGGUGCUGGAAUUAAAGAACAACGCCAGUAAAUUGUUGCUAGCGAUAAUGGAAAGUAGGGGCGACAGCGAGAACGCUGAGAGAAUUAUGUACAACAUGAAUCCGAAACAGCUUGUCGACGUAGCAUGCAAGGCUUUUCAUCAGGAGUCGUUGGACGACAUCAGCGACGUUGACGAUUCCUCGACAAAUGGAGAGGAAGGGGUUUCACCGAAGGAAGUUGGCCACAAUAUCUAUAUUCUGUGUCACCAAUUAGCGCAGCACAACAAAGAACUGGCGGUGAUGUUGAAGCCCUCGGAGCAGAACAGUUCGGAUCCGAAGAUCAAUAAAGCACUGGAAUAUUAUGCGUCGCAUACCGCUCAAAUAGAGAUCGUAAGACACGAUCGAACACUCGAACAAAUCGUCUUUCCGAUUCCGGAGAUUUGCGAACUCAUCACCGUGGACACGAAAAUAAGGGUGCUGAACACCACGGAACGCGACGACCAAGGAUCGAAAGUUUCCGAUUUCUUCGAGAGAACGGAAGAUAUGUUUAACGAGAUGAAAUGGCAAAAGAAGCUUAGAGGGCAAUCCAUGCUGUUCUGGAUGAGCAGUUACAUGUCAUUAUGGAGCAACAUUUUGUUCAAUUGCGCCGUUCUUAUAAAUCUUAUUGUAGCGUUUUUCUAUCCGUUCGUCGAUUCUGUGCCUAAACUCAGUUAUCACUUGUCAGCUUUAAUUUGGACCGUCAUGCUCGCGUCUGCCGCUAUCGUCAUUACUUUACCGAGGGAGUCCGGUAUACGGACGUUAGUCGCAUCAACGAUACUGCGAUUGAUUUUCUCCGCGGGUCCAGAACCUACGUUGUGGUUACUCGGUUUCCUUACGAUUGUAUUGAAAGUCGUACAUCUCAUAAGCAUCAUAGGCAAUCAGGGUACCCUGACUAAAAGUCUAGAGCAGAUAAUAACGAAUAUUGAGAUUUUGUAUCACAUAUCAUAUUUAAUAUUCUGCGUUCUGGGACUUUGUAUGCAUCCGUUUUUCUACUCAGUUUUACUCUUCGAUGUGGUUUAUCGCGAAGAGACUUUGCUCAAUGUGAUAAAAUCCGUAACUCGGAACGGACGAUCCAUUAUACUCACUGCUGUGUUAGCCUUGAUUUUGGUCUACAUGUUCUCCAUUAUCGGCUUUAUGUUCUUCAAAGACGAUUUCCUCGUUCCCGUGGACGAGGAGAUUAUAUCCUCCAUGGAGCAGAAAGUCGCCGAUACUUGCGACAAAGAAAACUGCGAGGCAACAGAAACCGUAUCGCAGUACGCUCGUGACGCAAAUGCAGAGGAACAAAACAGCAGACCGGAAGUUGUUAGCGUCGGCGGAGAGCUCAAGGAGCGAACGUGCGAUUCGCUCGUCAUGUGUAUCGUUACCACGUUGAAUCAAGGCUUGAGAAACGGCGGUGGAAUCGGAGAUAUUCUGCGAGCACCAUCCAGUGUUGAGCCGUUGUUCGUUGCGCGGGUCGUAUAUGACUUGCUGUUCUUCUUCAUCGUGAUUAUUAUUGUUCUGAAUCUCAUCUUCGGUGUGAUCAUUGACACCUUUGCGGAUCUUAGGUCGGAGAAGCAGCAGAAGGAGCUGAUCUUAAAAAAUACAUGUUUCAUCUGCGGUUUGAAUAGAUCGGCUUUCGAUAACAAGACGGUCUCCUUCGAGGAGCAUACCAAGCACGAGCACAACAUGUGGCAUUACCUCUACUUCAUUGUCCUGGUGAAGGUGAAGGACCCGACAGAAUUUACGGGCCCGGAAUCUUACGUUUACGCCAUGGUUAAGGACCGGAAUCUGGAGUGGUUCCCGCGACUGCGAGCCAAGUCGUUAGCGGCGGAUGAGGGCGAGGGGGAGCAAAUAGAAUUGAGGAGUCUGCAGUCGCAAUUGGAGUCCACGCAGCUGUUAGUCAAAUGUCUGUUGCAACAACUCACGGAGCUUCGUGAUCAGAUGACGGAGCAACGAAAGCAGAAGCAGCGGCUAGGCCUUCUGAAUUCUGCGUCUGCGAUCCUGCACAACGUACCCUCGUAAAUGGAAGUGACGACGUGUAUUUUGUAGUUUUCUUGUUAUAGAUGAAUCUCAGUUUGAUACUCCAGGAUCGUAUGUAUUGAUAUUCGCAUGCUCUCGACAAGCAUUUAAAGACACGAGAAUAUAUCGAGUGAUAUAUCGAGUGGGCAACCCGAAGCAUUUUUACGGUUUUGUUCCUAAUUUUGAUGAAAGUAAAGGAUACAUCUAGGGCAUUAAUAUCAUCAUCCUUCUCCUAUAAAGGUUCUUGAUCCAGUUUAUUAGUUAGUUAUCAAGAAACCAGUAUACCGUAAAUUGCAUUGUUUACCAGUGUAUAAAUAUUGUUACAUAAAAGUUAAGCGUUUCCAUUGAUCCAGAAGACCAGACAUUUACUUAAAACUUUUACAUUUACUAAAACGUGUGAAUAUUCUAAUGUUUUUUUUAGAAUAUUCCCGUUUUUAUGUGAUCAAUCCACAUCGUUUUCGCUGUUAUAACAUUUAUGUGUCCAUCAAAUGGAUGCAUGGAGUUUAUAUUAAAUUGUAGCAUCAAUGUUUGCAGACAAUCUUGAAAUUUCAUAUUCUAUCUUGCGUUAUUCAAGCUACGAUUGUGUUCGAAUUUUGUUUACUUGUUUUCGUAGAUUAUAAAGACACUUCAAGCGCUAGGGAACAUCAUUGAAAAUGCAUUUGUAAAACUGUACAGAUUUUCUAUAUGUAUUAUAUAUUUAAUUAUCACGUGCAUCCAUCCAGAUUAUCUGUUCACACGUGUGAAACACGUGUGUUUUUCUUUCGCGUCAUCGUGUUAACAAUUGUAUAAUUGAUUAUUUUUUAUUUUGUACAUACGAAUAAUUUCGAUGAGGCAAUAUACGGAAACUACUAUUCGAAGUUCACCUUGGCAAAAGUAUUUAAUUUCGUAAUAACGAUAUGCUCAAUUUUUGAUUCCGUAAAUAAUCGUGUUGACGUUCAUAUCAUACGUUAUCGUUAAUGAUAGAUUUAUUGUUAAUAAUAAUUUAGAUUUAGAGGAUGCGCGCGCAACUGCAAAUUGAAAUAUGCACUUGCGAGUCUGGACCGGGUCUUCGUUCAAUCAUCCGUGAAGGCGAUCAUGAUAUCGUGGCGAGCGCCGCUCAAUUUCGCGGAUAUUAACUGAUGAAAACGAUAUUUAAUAGGGAUCAAUCUCGAUUCUACCGCAAUUUAUAUUAUGAAAUCUUUCGAUAUCUCUUCCGAGAUAUCAGAUAUUAUGAUGGACGCGAACUUUAGAAUGUUGCUGUCCGAUCAUUCAUUGUUGAUGUAUAAACGAUAGUUGACAUAUAUUACAAAUUUUAAUCAUGCUGUGUUGACUGUAUCACGAUUAUGUAAGUAGGUGCAUUAAUCUGAACAUCACGUGCCACAGUUACGUUAUAUAUUACUAAGAUUUAAGAUUUUAAUUCAUGUUUUUCAAACAAUAUACUUGAGAAAUUUGUCUAUAUACAAAUAUUGUGUCUAUAUACAAAUAUAUAAAAAAAUAUAUAUAUACACACAUACACACUUCAUUUCUUUGUGUAAUAUUAAAUAUAAUGUAUAUACUUUAAUGCGUAAUCGUAAUCGUCUUGAAGAUGUAACGAUAUCUUUUCGAGAGCAUAUCACCCUUUUUAUGCGAUCGUGUAUUUCAUUGAUUGAUAUUAAUCUUCUCGCACAUUCUCCUGAUUUUUGACCGGAUUCUACCGGACUAUACUGUUACGAUCUUGAAAUUUUUAGGUAAUAUACACCCGUCGAGAAAACUUACUUCCGAUAUCUGGACGUGCGAUCUUACUAUAUAGCACACGCAUGUAUAGCUACAAUGUGCAUGUAGAUUGCGUUCUUACAUGUAAAUAAAUUUUGUUCUUUUUUUAA